AUGUCGUCUCAAUUUAAGAGAAGACGCACAGCACAUCAGUCAUACAUUACACCACAUUCUCGCAAUUCAAGGAACAGCCGUACGGACGAAUCGGUGCCCUUACGCCAGAGACCGAAUAUUUCAAACAAUUCCAGCCCCAAUUUGCAAAGAACUUCUGAAUCAGGACCUCUUCAUUCAAACAAUGUCCCAGCUCACAGGGUCCGUAAUAGCUCAUUGGAGAGGUCUUCUGAUGACGACCUUGAGCAGGUCAUUGUCGCAAUCGAUAUGCGAGAAUCAGGCACCAUCUUCCCACUUGGCCCUGAGGAAAGCACUGACAACAGGCUAGUGAUCGAACAGACGAAGCCCACUGUGCUCCUUACCUCAGCUCGCGUUGACUACUUGAAUACACCAGAGAGCUCAGACCAAGGUGGAACUCAUCGUUACCUGCCUUAUCAACUCGAUAUACGCCCGUCACAAGAAUUCAGCCAUUUCAAUGCUACAGCUAAAUUGGCGGCUCUGGAGGUUGCUUCAGCUCACGAACAAAAGAUUAAGUUCUUUGUCCCUCACAAUGGAUUGAUUGACCCUGAGCAACUGGAUGCGGAGAGUCUGGGUUUCUCACUUCAGGAGGGAAGGCUUCUGCACAUGGCAAGCUCCAUCGAUAUGGAAAAUACCGUCACCAUAGGCUGUGCAGGAGCUGUCCUCGCAUACCUCCAAAGGCGAAGAACUACUGACUCGAUAACUACGCUCGGGUCGAAUGCAGCAUAUCAAGUCCGCUCUGUCGAGAUGUUCAGCCUCAAAGGAACCAUGUUCAUCAACAGAAGCACUUUACUUUCCCUGCAAAUCACAGAGUCCGAGUCCCACCCCAGCAUGCUCAAUCAAGGCCCUGGAAGAAAGUCACCAGCCUCGAAAGAAGGCCUCUCCGUGUAUGGUUUGUUCCAGCGCUUUGCACAUACUCCACAGGGGAGAUCCCGGCUUAGACAGACGUUCCUUCGCCCAAGCGUCGAAAUGAAUGUCAUCUGCGAGCGUCAUGACUUCAUCAGUGUCUACCUGAGGCAGGACAAUUAUAAUACCUCAAAUAAAAUUGUGAAGAGCUUGAAGCAUAUCAAAAACCUUCGGCCCGUGAUGAUCAACGUCCGAAAAGGCAUCAGUACUGGAAGUGCUAAGAUCACCGGUUUCAAGACAACAGUCUGGGCUACACUACUUGCUUUCGCCUUCUAUGGCAUUGAUAUUCAUGAUGCGUUGAAGGAGACAUUCGGUGCCGAUACUCUGAACUUGCGUACUCAGGCGCUCCGUGUAUUUGAAGCAUCUCAACUAUAUCGAGUAGGAAGGAUGAUUCAAGAAAUUGUCGACAUUGAUUGCUCAGAAGACCAAGGUAGAACUGUUGUGAAGCCAGGUCUCGACCGAGAACUUGACCGGAUGAAGGACACAUAUGACGGUCUAAACGAUCUCCUGAAAGAAGUUGCAACAGAGAUAGCAGCGACGAUCCCCGAAAGCCUCGAUAUCGACGUCAACGUGAUAUACUUCCCCCAGCUCGGGUUCAACAUUGCCGUCCCACUCAACGACAAGGGUAAAGCAGCUUACAGCGGCACGGCUAAUGAUUGGGAGCUUAUAUUUGUUACUGAGAAUCGAGCAUACUUUAAGGACUUCAGGAUGAGGGAGAUGGACCAGAGCUUGGGCGACAUAUACGGGCUGAUUUGCGAGAAGGAAAUUGAGAUUGUUUACGAGCUUGCGCAGAAGGUUCUGCAAUAUGAGGUUGUGCUCGUGCAAGCGUCAGAUAUAUGUGGCCAUAUUGACAGUCUCCUUGCUAUGGCACAAGCAGCGAGUUUCUAUAAUAUGGUUCGCCCCAAGAUGGUAGAGGAGAAUAUGAUCAGAAUCAAAGGUGGCAGGCACAUACUUCAGGAGUUGACAGUCUCAUCAUAUGUACCAAAUGAUACGUUCUUAGUAGGAGGCAGCUCGGAGACUGAAAGUCGAGUCUCACAGGAGGUGCUGGAGAAACCCCAUGGUCCAAGUAUGCUUAUUCUUACCGGACCCAAUUAUUCUGGAAAAAGCGUCUACAUGAAACAGGUUGCUCUGAACGUAUACCUGGCACAAGUCGGAAGCUUCGUUCCAGCAGAGAAAGCAGAAAUCGGAGUGACUGACAAGAUUCUGGUGAAGAUGAACUCCCAAGAGAGCGUGUCAAAAAUCCAAAGCACAUUCAUGAACGACCUACAACAAAUCUCCUUUGACCUGAAGCAGGUAACCGGGAGAAGCUUACUUCUAAUCGAUGAAUUUGGCAACGGAACCAACGAAAGUGGACGCCCGAAGGUUAUCGCGGCAACGCAUUUUCACGAAAUAUUCGAAAAUGGAUUCCUUCAGCCAAGGCCUAGACUCCAGCUGGGACAUAUGGAAGUUCGCAUCUCUGGGGAGGCUCGCCAAGUGGAAGACCAGAUCACAUAUCUCUAUAAGUAUGGUCCCGUGCAUACUUUCAGUUGCGCAGCAAUGAACGGGAUAAGUCAGACGAUCGUUGACCGGGCAAAUGAGCUCGCUGCUCUCUCCGCUCGCGGCGAAAAUCUGAUCGCGGCUUGUGCCACAUUGUCAGCUGAGGAGACAGAGACUCUGGCUGAAGCGGAUGUCUUAGCGAGGCGUUUCCUGGCCUGCGACUUGUCGAACACUUGCGAUGCUGAAGGGGUGAGAGAGAUGCUAGGGUCCCUCUUUGCUAGAACAGAAAAAUAA